AAUAUGUCCUACAUUAUAUUGAAAUGAGAUAGGAAUCGUUAGUCCAAUUGUUUGAGGUUGUAUGUGCGGGAUUAUUGUUGUAUUCUAUUAAAUUAAUAGAAAUAAGUGUAACUAUAUAUACGUGUUACGGUUUUUUUUUAUUAAAAAUAUAUAGUUAUAAAAAUAAUAAUGGUCAAGUUUUUUGAAAAUAAGAGUUUUUUUCCAUUCAAAUGGGAUCAAGUUGUUCAUGGUUUCUGGCAUCGGUAUCCUAAUCCAGAGAGCAAACAUGUAUUGUCUGAAGAUAUAUUGCACAGAGAAGUUAUAGAUUCAAAAUUACAUUCUGUUAGAUUAUUUACAAAAACUAACAAGUUGCCUAAAUGGGGUGAACGUUUCAUGAAUAGCAAUGAUGUGAAAAUUGUCGAAGAAUCAAUUGUUGACCCAAAAAAAAAAACAUUUGUGACGUAUACAAGAAACAUUGGAUAUACAAGUGUCAUGGAUGUGACAGAAAAAGUUAUUUAUAAAGUGAAUGAUGAAAAUCCUAAUACGACAGUUGCAGAAAGGUCAGUAUGGAUUGAAUCAAAUGUGUAUGGGAUGUCUAGAGCUAUUCAAGCAUUUGGACUACAAAGGUUUAAAGUUAACAGUGCUAAGGCAGUAAAAGGAUUUAAUUAUGUACUCAAUACCAUGUAUGGUACAAAUACUACCAGCUCAUCUAGUAUGUUAAUACAACAGAAACAAAAAUUGAAAGACACUUUGAAACAAUCAAAUUAUAAAGCAGGAUCUCUUUAUGUUCAUUAAUCCUAUUUCUACUUGAGAAUCGACCAAA